GCAGCACGUUGCUUUUAUUUUUACCGGUGCCGGCAGUUCACAUACAAAUACAAAUACCAAUACCGAUACAUUUGUGCCCAAAGUGAGACGAAAUUUGUGACCAACAAAGAAAAGAUUUCACAAAAACGUAAAAUUCUUAAGCACGGCCAAUAAAUUGCAGCACAUGCAAAGAGACAGCGGCUUGUCGUUCACAUUAUUUUUUCUGCAUUCUCUGUGUGGGAGUGCACCUCUGCCUCUCUUCUCUGACGCGGCACGUGUGCGUGUGCGUGUGUGUGUGUGUGUGUCUGUGUGAGAGUGAUUGACCUAUUUUGUUGUUGGCACAUUUCUAACGCAAAUAUACAACGUCUGUUCAUUGGCUAAAAUGAGCAGCAGCAUCACGUUUUUAUGCAGCAAAGUUAACAAUAACAACAACAAUGAUGAUGACGGGACAAUGCGAGCAAAAGCAAAGCCAACAACAGUUUCUGCAACAGUAUUCGCUUCUGCCAACAACUUAUUAACCACAGCAACAACAGCAGCAGCAACGCAACAGCAGCCACAUCUGCACAAUCAGUUGGCGAAGGUUAAGGCUAAAACCAACGGUCACACACACACCGACGAGCGCUCCGAUGUUACGGAACAGCUGUAUAUUGAUCCCUCCACAGAUGUGGGCAGCGAGCUGAACUGCUGCCCGGCAUCGCCUACCACAGUGCCAGCCAAGUCGGCGCUAGAUUCACAGUCGCCGCUGCGCCGUUCAGGUCGUCGGCAGCGCACCACGUCGAUUGGCAAUCAGACGACUACAGCCAAUCCGAGUGAGGGCAUUAUACGCUCCAACAAUCGCACAAUAUACACAGCGGGACGACCACCAUGGUACAAUUGUGCGGGACAGCAGGUGGAGCCUUUUGUCAUAGGCAUCUGCGGUGGCAGCGCUUCCGGCAAGACGACUGUGGCAGAGAAAAUCAUUGAAAGCCUGGAUGUGCCUUGGGUAACACUGCUGUCCAUGGACUGUUUUUACAAGAUUUUAAAUGAAAAGCAGCAUGAGCAGGCUUUACUUAACGAAUACAACUUCGAUCAUCCGGAUGCCUUUGACAUUGAUUUGCUGAUUGAUGUGCUGACCAAGCUUAAGGAGGGCCGCAAGGUCGAGGUGCCUGUCUAUAAUUUUGUCACACAUGCACGCGAAAGCCAAACGAAAACCAUGUAUGGCGCCAAUGUCAUUAUUUUCGAGGGCAUAUUGACAUUUCACAGUCCCGAGGUACUUAAGCUGCUGGAUAUGAAAAUAUUUGUGGACACAGAUCCAGACAUACGUCUAGCCAGGCGACUGAAGCGUGAUAUCUCGCAACGUGGUCGUGAGCUUAGGGGCGUGCUGAAGCAAUAUUUGAACAUGGUGAAGCCUUCUUAUGCUAAUUAUAUAGCGCCCACAAUGGCGCAUGCUGACAUAAUAGUGCCACGUGGCGGCGAAAAUAAUGUGGCCAUAGCGCUAAUCGUGCAACAUGUGCACACUCAGCUGCAACUACGCGGCUUUAAGCUACGCGAGACGUUGGCCAACUCUUAUAAGGACCAACCCAUGCCAGAUUCGUUGCAUUUACUGCCACCAACACCACAGAUUAAGGGCCUGCAUACGUUUAUACGUUGCAAGAAUACCUCGCGCGAUGAGUUUAUCUUCUACUCGAAGCGUCUCAUACGCUUGGUCAUUGAGUAUGCGCUGAGCUUGUUUCCAUUUAAAUCCACUUGCGUGGAGACGCCACAGAAUGUGCUGUAUGAAGGCAAACGCAUGGCAUCGCGCAAAAUUUGCGGUGUUUCCAUUUUGCGUGCCGGCGAGACCAUGGAGCAGGCCGUCUGUGAUGUGUGCAAGGAUAUACGCAUCGGUAAAAUAUUAAUUCAAACCAAUUUGCGUACGGGCGAACCAGAGCUGUUCUAUCUGCGACUGCCCAAAGAUAUAAAAGACUAUAAAGUGAUACUAAUGGAUGCCACAGUAGCCACGGGAGCUGCCGCCAUGAUGGCCAUACGCGUGCUCUUGGAUCACGAUGUGCCCGAGGAUAAUAUUAUACUCGCCUCGCUGCUGAUGGCUGAAAUUGGUGUACACUCCAUUGCCUACGCCUUUCCCAGGGUAAAGAUUGUCACCUCGGCGCUCGAUCCGGAGAUCAAUAGCAAGUUUUAUGUGAUACCCGGCAUUGGAAACUUUGGCGAUCGUUACUUUGGCACUGAGCCCUCCGAUGUAUACUAGGGCCAAGUUACCCAACAGUUGCUUAAGUACUUUACCUAGAAUAUAAAAUGCAAAUUCGUUACUUAAAUUAUCAAUUGACAAAUUCA